UCAAGGAGGCCACCCCCGCCGGCUGCUGCUCACAUGGUUUCUGGGCCCCUGGCACUCCGGUGGUGCCCGUGGGCAGGGCACAGGGACGUGGGGCCAGACAUGGAGCUUCCCAGCCAUUCAAAACAGCUCCUGCUACAGCUGAAUCAGCAGAGGGCUAAGGGCUUCCUGUGUGACGUCAUCAUCAUGGUGGAGAACUCCAUCUUCCGGGCCCACAAGAACGUCCUGGCUGCUAGCAGCAUCUACUUCAAGUCCCUGGUCCUUCAUGAUAACCUCAUCAACCUAGACACAGACAUGGUCAGCUCCACUGUGUUCCAGCAGAUCCUGGACUUCAUCUACACGGGCAGGCUGCUGCCCAGUGACCAGCCACCCAGUGACCAGCCGUCCAGUGACCAGCCAUCUGAGCCAAACUUCAGCACUCUGCUCACUGCUGCCAGCUACCUCCAGCUGCCUGAGCUGGCAGCCCUCUGCCGCCGCAAACUGAAGCGAUCUGGCAAGCCCUUUGGCCCUGGACGAGUGGGUACUGCUGGCAUGGGGCGACCAACCCGCAGUCAGCGACUGUCCACAGGCUCUGUCAUCCAGGCUGGAUAUCCAGGGCUUGUAGAUGGGCGUAAAGGACACCCUGCUCCCCAGGAGCUCCCUCAGGCCAAAGGCUCAGAUGAUGAGCUUUUUCUGGGCGGCUCUACCCAGGAGAGCACACACAGCCUGGGCUUAGGGGGCCCAGCUGGUGGGGAGGUGGGCUUGGGGGGCUGCAACACCAGCACCAACGGGAGCAGUGGGGGCUGUGAGCAGGAGCUGGGUUUGGACCUGUCCAAGAAGAGCCCACCCUUACCUCCUACAACCCCUGGCCCCCACCUUAUUCCUGAGGACCCAGCCCAGCUGAGUGACAGCCAGCGAGAGUCACCCGCACCCACUUCGACCUCCGCCCUGCCUGUCGGCAGUAGUGCCUCAUUUGUUGAGCUGGGGGCCACUCCUGAUGAGCCCAUGGACGUGGAAGGGCCCGAGGAAAACCACCCGAGUCUGCUGGAAGGACAGGGUGGGCAGCCUCGCAAGAGCCUCCGUCAUUCAGCCCGCAAAAAAGAUUGGAACAAAAAGGAGCCUGUAGCUGGCUCCCCCUAUGAUCGGAGAGAAACGGGGUCUAAGGGUUCCUGCCCAGGAGAAGAAGGUGAGGGGCCUGGGGACAGGGUUCCCAAUGGCGUUCUGGCUAGCAGUGCUGGUGGAAGUGGCCCCAGUGCAUCAUAUGGGGAGUCAUCAUACCCCUGCAAGGAGGAGGAGGAGAACGGCAAAGACGGGAGUGAGGACAGUGGGCAGAGUGGGAGCGAGGGGGGCAGCGGCCACACUGGCGCCCACUAUGUGUACCGGCAGGAAGGCUUCGAGACGGUGUCAUAUGGGGACAACCUUUAUGUGUGCAUCCCCUGCGCCAAGGGCUUCCCCAGCUCCGAGCAGCUCAACGCUCACGUGGAGACACACACAGAGGAGGAGUUAUUCAUCAAGGAAGAAGGGGCUUAUGAGACGGGCAGUGGGGGUGCAGAGGAGGAGGCUGAGGACCUGUCAACACCCAGUGCAGCCUAUGCAGCCGAGCCUCGACCUUUCAAGUGCUCAGUUUGUGAGAAGACCUACAAGGACCCAGCCACGCUGCGGCAACAUGAGAAGACACACUGGCUGACCCGUCCGUUCCCCUGCAACAUCUGUGGAAAGAUGUUCACACAGCGAGGCACCAUGACACGCCACAUGCGAAGCCACCUGGGCCUGAAGCCCUUCGCCUGUGACGAGUGCGGCAUGCGUUUCACCCGCCAGUACCGCCUCACAGAGCACAUGCGCGUGCACUCAGGUGAGAAGCCCUAUGAGUGCCAGCUCUGUGGGGGCAAGUUCACCCAGCAGCGCAACCUCAUCAGCCACCUUCGCAUGCACACCUCCCCUCCCUAG